CCUAGCACUUUUAACUAGCAAAGACAUCUGAAAUUUCAGUCGCUCGAAAUGGCUCGUACCAAGCAAACCGCUCGCAAAUCCACCGGUGGCAAGGCGCCCCGCAAACAGUUGGCCACUAAAGCUGCUCGCAAGAGUGCACCGGCCACUGGAGGAGUCAAGAAACCCCAUCGUUAUCGUCCCGGCACCGUCGCUCUUCGUGAGAUCCGUCGCUACCAAAAGUCGACCGAGCUUUUGAUCCGCAAGUUGCCAUUCCAGCGCUUGGUCAGAGAAAUCGCCCAGGAUUUCAAGACCGACUUGCGUUUCCAGAGCUCGGCCGUCAUGGCCCUGCAGGAGGCCAGCGAAGCUUACUUGGUGGGUCUUUUCGAAGACACCAACUUGUGUGCCAUCCACGCUAAGCGUGUCACCAUCAUGCCAAAAGACAUCCAACUCGCUCGCCGUAUCCGUGGUGAACGUGCUUAAGCCAAUUGAUUCCCUUCUACCAACAAAUCGGCCCUUUUCAGGGCCACCAACAUUUAUAGAAAAGAAUGUUACAUACCGAUUACUUCUGAUCAUGGGGAAGACUGACAGAUGAAACUACUGCACAUGUCGAUUAUACAAUGCUGUGUCAAAAGCGCCAUCGAGCUCUCGAAGAGGUCGUCCAAGAAACUGUCAGCUAACAAUCCGGAUACCUGCGAUC